GUUUGAGUUUGGGAAUCAGAGCAACAGUCUUUGGGGGAGAAUUUUAGUAAAUGAAACUCUAUUUUAGAAAUAGAAGUCACCUCUCAAGUGAUGCUGGAAAGCCCGAGGGUGAUGUUAAGAGCGGUUUAGUUCUAAUCCAUGCCUUCAUCGUUGACUGAUAAGACUCACACGGAUGGUGUGUCGUCGUCUGACCGCUGGAGGAAAGCAGAAACUUUUGAAAGCACUGCGUCUGAUAGUGCGGUCGUGUGUGAGUGAGUGAACGAUGGAAUGAAACUCAUCUGUUUUUUUAUUUCUCGCAUGCUGUCGGAAUAUUUUGACACAUCGCACCUAGGAAGACGACGACAGCAACUCCAACCAAUAAUGCGGCGAGACUAAUCAUCGACAGGAGACAAUAACCGUUUCCAUUCUAACAUAUUCAUCCUUGGAUAUCUGUAGUGCGGAGAAGAACCUUUUGUUCUACUGUGUUUCUCGCUGUAUAACGGGACUUGUUUCAUUUAGAUCGAUAUGACGUCUCCGGCUAAAUUCCGAAAGGACAAGGAGAUAAUAGCCGAAUAUGAAACGCAAGUUAAAGAAAUCCGAGCCCAGCUGGUAGAGCAACUCAAGUGUUUGGACCAGCAAUGUGAGCUCCGUGUGCAGCUCCUGCAGGACCUGCAGGACUUUUUCCGCAAGAAGGCCGAAAUUGAAAUGGACUACUCCCGCAACCUAGAGAAACUGGCCGAGAGGUUCCUGGCCAAGACACGCUAUACAAAGGACCCUCAAUUCAAGAAAGAGCAGAAUGUGUUGUCUCCAGUCAACUGCUGGAACCUUCUGUUGGCUCAGGUGAAGCGAGAGAGUCGAGACCAUGCCACGCUUUGUGACCUCUACCUCAACAACAUCAUACCACGCUUCGCUCAGGUCAGCGAGGAUUCAGGACGCCUCUUCAAGAAGAGUAAAGAGGUGGGCCUCCAGUUACAGGAAGAUAUGAUGAAAGUCCUCAACGAGCUGUACACGGUAAUGAAGACCUACCACAUGUACAACAUGGACAGCAUUAACGCAGAAAGCAAGCUGAAAGAGGCGGAGAAACAGGAAGAGAAGCAGAUGAGCCGAAACGUGCGACACGAGGACAGGCAGACCCCACGCUCGCCCGACUCCCUCACUAACAUAAAGAUUGAGGAGAAACAUGUACGCCGUAGCUCCGUCAAGAAGAUCGAGAAGAUGAAGGAGAAGAGGCAAGCGAAAUACACUGAAAACAAGCUGAAAGCUAUCAAAGCCAGGAAUGAGUACCUUCUGGCUCUGGAGGCCACCAACAGCUGCGUCUUCAAAUACUACAUCCAUGAUCUGUCUGACCUCAUAGACUGCUGUGACCUGGGCUACCAUGCCAGCCUGAACCGUGCACUGCGUACCUACCUCUCGGCCGAGUUUAACGUUGAGACUUCCAAGCACAGUGGUCUGGAGACCAUCGAGAAUGCUGCAGAGAACCUGGAGGCCAACGCAGACAAACAAAGGCUCAUGGAGACCUAUAACAAUGUCUUCUGCCCUCCGAUGCGAUUCGACUUUCAGUCUCACAUGGGUGAUAUGUUUGGAAACAUGUGUGCCCAGCAGCCUUUGCAGAUAGAGAUGAUCCAGAGAUGCCAGCAGUUACAGUCCCGCUUGUCCACACUGAAGAUAGAGAAUGAAGAGGUGAAGAAGACUAUGGAGGCCACUCUACAGACCAUCCAGGAUAUGGUGACCAUUGAGGACUUUGAUGUGACAGAUUGCUUCCACCACAGUAACUCAAUGGAGUCGGUUAAGUCCACUAUUUCUGAAUCUUACAUGAGCAAACCCAGUCUGGCCAAGAGACGAGCCAACCAGCAGGAGACUGAACAGUUCUACUUCACGAAACUGAAGGAGUUUCUUGAAGGCAGGAACCUCAUCACUAAACUACAGGCUAAACAUGACCUGAUUCAGAAGACUCUGGGAGAAAGUCAAAAGACUGACUACUGCCUUGCCAGCGGACGGAGGAACUCCACUGUGCGGAAACAGGAGUCCAGCCAAAUCAUUCCCCUGAUGGUGGAGAGUUGUAUUCGCUUCAUCAGUCGGCAUGGUCUCCAUCACGAGGGCAUAUUCAGAGUCUCUGGCUCCCAGGUGGAAGUCAAUGACAUUAAGAACGCCUUUGAGAGAGGUGAGGACCCCUUGGCUGGGGACCAGAACGACCAUGAAAUGGACUCAAUCGCUGGAGUCUUAAAGCUCUAUUUCAGAGGCCUGGAGAAUGCCCUCUUUCCAAAGGAAGUUUUCCAUGACCUCAUGGCCUGUGUCUCCAUGGAAAACCUCCAAGACAGAGCUGUCCACAUCCGUAAAGUCCUGCUGUCUCUACCCAGCAACACCCUGGUUAUCAUGAGAUACCUGUUUGCUUUUCUCAACCAUCUCUCCCAGUAUAGUGACGACAACAUGAUGGACCCCUACAACCUGGCAAUCUGCUUCGGCCCCACUCUCAUGUCUGUGCCUGAGGGCCAUGACCAAGUCUCCUGCCAGGCACAUGUAAACGAGUUCAUAAAAACCAUCAUCAUCCACCAUGAGAGCAUCUUCCCUGGGCCCCGUGAGCUGGAGGGGCCCAUUUAUGAGCGUGGAGGAGCAACUGAAGAAUACUGUGAUAGUCCACACAUUGAGCCCCCCCUAGUGGAUGAGCCUGCACCUGACACCACCUCUGGAAUCCACAACAGUGAUGAUGUAAAGUCUGGGUCCUUGAACGUUUCAGAGUCUGACCCCAUCGAGGCCAUUGCACGUUUUGACUACUCUGGACGCACCAAUCGUGAGCUUUCCUUUAAGAAGGGGGUGUCUCUGCUGCUGUACCACCGUGCAUCUGAGGACUGGUGGGAGGGUCGCCAUAAUGGCACAGAUGGACUAGUGCCACACCAGUACAUUGUAGUGCAGGACAUGCCGGAUGGAUAUGCAGGCAGAGGGAGUCCCAAAGCUGACCUAGAGGCAUCCAAUGAUGCUGUGGAAGAGAAGGUAUCCACCAGAGCCAGUGCCGGCUCACCCAUUGGAGGCCAUGUGGCUGAUAUCUAUCUAGCCAACCUCAACAAGUUGAGGAAACGUCCAGAAGCGACCAGUAUCCGUAGAACAUUCCGGCCAGUGGAUGGGAUGGGCGAGGGCUCUUCCGGUGCAGCAGCGGGAUCAAAGACCGCCUCGAUGCCAGCAGGAGGACUGCCCAAAGAGGGGACAGACAAGCGUCCAGUCAGCGCUCACAGCAUCCUAAACUCCAUCACCCGCCACUCUUCUCUAAAGACUAAGGUCGAAGGUCCUCCGCUCCGUAAGAGCACGCCUGCAGGACGAUCAAAGAGUUUCAGCAACCACAGACCACUGGACCCAGAAGUCAUCGCUCAGGUGGAGCACAGCUCACAGGACAUUGAGGCAACAAUGAACACGGCUCUAAGUGAGCUGCGAGAGCUGGAGAGGCAAAGUAACGUCAAACACACUCCUGACGUUGUACUUGACACUCUAGAGCAGCUUAAAAGUGGCGGGGCAUCUGAGCCCUCCAGCCCCCUCCAUUCCCGCCUGCUCCACGAGGCCGAAUCCUCUCAGUAUCCUCUGCAGCGCAGCGCCAGCUCGGUCAGUGACAUGCCCUCCUCCUUCCGGCCCAUCAAGAGCACCGGACCCAAGUCCCCUCUGUCAUCCAUGUCAGCCACAGGUCUCUCUGCUUCUGGCUCAACCUUCAGAGAUAGCAAGCCCCCAGCCACCAAGCCCAAGCCUGUGGUUUUCCCAAAGAGCGGUUCUGCUGGUGGCAGUCCUGCGAUGGGAUCCCCGACCACCACCAUACCCCCAACACCUCCACCCCCUCCUCCACCCAAUGACAAGUCCUGCCCUGUCUGAGGGUAUACAUCCUCUGUUUCUUAGUAACUCCAAGAACAUCCUCAGUGAACUGAUAUUGACAUUGUUUUUAUCUUGAUGGACAACUGCAGACUCAAACUGAGAUCGGAAUGCUUGCGUGAGUGAGCAUGAUAGAGAGUGUGUGUGGAACUGAUAUACACCUGUGAAAAUACUGGAGUGAUUUUCCAGCACUGUUUAAAUUUGGAGAUCACCAGUCCCUAUUUUCUAAUCCUGAAGUAGUGUUCUGGAUUUGUUUUACCCUUCUGUGUAGACUGAAUUUGUUUAUGGGCAAGGGCUGAAACCAUAAGAACAAAAGAGCAUUGGAUAGUUUUUUCCAAAAAUUCCCCAAAUACUCUCUCUUCCCCUCAGACUCAAAGUGGAGCUGGUUUUGGUGAGACCACAGAAGAAGCAAACUUGAAGCAGGUUAAAGACUAUUUUUCUAUCCCCUGUUCGGGGAAACUGGUUGCUGUCUCCUUCUGGAAAUAGCUGCGACAUGUAAACCGCUCCUCACUGCUUGUCAAGUAAAAACCUCUCUCUCUCUCUCUCUCUCUCUAUUGAUGCCAGUAUAACAACUUAACAAGUUUUAAAAUCUUUGUAUUCUUUAUCCAUGAUGUUGUUCAAUGACUCUCUUUUUCAAUAAUCAAUCAGUAGUUACAGAUAAUUAAUCAAGAUAUUGCACUGUAAUCCACAUCGGCACAAAGAAUCUAGUUUGAAAUGCAAGUUAUACAUACUACAGUAGAUAGCAAUGAACAUACAGUAAGAUUGACAUCGCCUAUCAUUGCUGCUUCUCUGUUUGCAAAUCUUGACAUUCGGCACAACAUGUCAAAUUAACACAUCAAAUAAAAUUGUAUUAAUAACUUUGCAUUAGACCAGCUAACCAGUACUGACAAACCUGUAAACUAGUCUAACAGGGUGUUUGCAUGGUGAAUGCACUCAUGCUUCCCUGGCAAACUGAUUUAUUCAUCUUUGUAUUGGAGUAUUUUGUCACAUAACAGUGCAAAAAAUAUGAGCAAAGAAGUCUGUGAAAAUAUGUCUAUCGAUUAUCCUUUUGAUUUUUUUAUUCAAAAUAAUCACAAAAAUCAAACCUUUAAAUUAAGUAAACUAAUUGAAGGGGGGAUCUCAUAAUUAAAUAUGUUUCGUAAAACACGUUUGCUACAAUAAUUGGCAACCCUAGAAAUUCUUAUGAGUAAAAUAUAUCUGAAGUAUAUUCCCAUUCAUAUUUAACAUUUUUAGUACACCUGGAUGACUAGGAACAUGAAAUUGUUCAGCCAUGACUUGAGUCAUGAGUAAAAUUAUGAGGGUAACACACAGGCCAAAUUCCCUUAGUCAUCCAUCACAAUGGGUUACACCAAAGAAUAUAGUUAUGAUCCAUCCAUCUUCAACCGCUUAUCCGAAGUCGGGUCGCAGGGGCAGCUGCUCCAGCAGGGGGCUCCAAACUUCCCUAUCCCGAGCCACAUUAACCAGCUCUGACUGGGGGACCCCAAGGUGUUCCCAGGCCAGUGUGGAGAUGUAAUCUCUCCAUCUAAUCCUGGGUCUUCCCCGAGGCCUCCUCCCAGCUAUGAGUGGAAUACCGCCCCCACUGCCCCGAUUCUCCGGCCAACCUCCCGCUCCAUUGUCCGGAUGAAUCAGGGGCAGCGGGGGCGGUAUUCCACUCGUCAAAAAGACCCAGAGGUACUUGAACUAUUUCACUUGGGGCAAUACCUCCUUCUCUACCUGGAGUAACGCAGUAUUCUAAGAUGUGUAUAGUUAUGAUAUGCUGCAAAAUGUUGUUGAGCUUCACAAAAUGGGAAGUGGCUAUAAGAUAAUAGCUAAAGCAUUAAAAAUAUGUAUUUCCACCAUCAGGACAAUAAUUGAAGUUCCAAUUAACUGGAGAUGUUAAGAAUCGGCCUGGAAGAGGAUGUGUGUCUAUAUUGUCUCCAUGCAUGGUUACGAGGAUAGUUUGAGUGGCCAACAAUUCUCCAAGGAUCACAGCUGGAGAAUUACAGAAAUUAUUUGGGUCUUGGGGUCAGAAAGUCUCCAGAACUACAAUCAGAAUUCACCUACAUCACCACAAGUUGUUAGGGAGGGUUUCAAGAAAAAAAGCCUCUGUUCUCAUCCAAUGGUUAAAGUACCUCAUGCCAGUUAAGCAUGAUAAAAAUAAGAUUUUUAACGUUGUGGGCCUGUUUUUAUGCCAGAGGUCCUGGACAUCUUGUUCGGAGACAUGGCAUCAUGGACUCUAUCAAAUACCAACAGAUAAAAAAAUAAAAACCUAACUGCCUCUGCCAGAAAGCUUCAAAUGGGCCGUGGUUGGAUCUUCAAGCAAGACAAUGAUCCAAAGAUUGUAUCCAAGGAUAGAUUUUUGUGAAUAUUUUGAAUGAAAGAUCAAAAGGAUAAAAAAUAAAGACAUAUUUUUCACAGCCUUCUUUGCUCAUAUUUACCAAGGGUGCCUAUAUUUUUGGCCACAACUGUACAUUUCAAAAACAUGAUUAUAACUGGAAAAAAAGACCUAAAAUGAGUAAUUUCUUUACCUACCAUAUAUAAAAAUAAAAAUUGAUAAAUGAAAAACAAUUUUAUUACAUCUUCCUUAGGUCAUUAUUCACAACUUGGUCUGUAUUAUGGUAAUUAUGUAUUAGUAUGUGUGUUGUACGUAUGUAUAUUAUGAAUUUUAGCAGCCUAACAGCAGCUUUUAGAGAUUUCCAGCUUUAUAAUGCAAAAAAGGGAAAUACUUUACCCACCUCAGAGGAUACACACAGACUAAAGGGAGACACUUGCUAAAUUUUUUUUUACAUCUCUCUAUCUAAUGGCUUUACAUGACCUGAAAGAUAUCAGGCUCCUGGUAGAAAGCAGCUGAAGCACGUGCAACAGAGAAUCUUGUGGCGAGAAAGUACAACUUUUACAGUUUAGUGCUCUGUUUUCUAUGGCAAAAUCUUUUUGAGUAGCUUUCUGAAGCCACUCUGUUCAUUUGACAAUCUAAGUCUUUCAAUUGAUACCUGUCCAAAGUCCAUCAUAGAACUAAAUUACUGCCUGCUUAUGCCUUGAAAAGAUUGCACAAGCAUGUGUUUUCCUAAGUGAGGCCUUGUUAUCAAAGAAAAUGAGCUAAGAUGGUUUGUGAAAGUAUCCAAGUUCUGUAGCCAGCUUCACUUUGAAGAAUUUUUUCACUUUAUUAGCCCUGUUACGCGUAGUCUUACAUGCAUGACUGACUGUGACUAUAUCCUGGAAAAUAUCUACGGAGAGACCAAGCUGCAAUUUUUGUCAACCUUUUUUUUAAGACAAGCCUUUUCCUAACGUGUUAUUUUCUGAACUGUUCAAUGUGUUGUUGUGUUGCGUUCUGAAAAAGUCUUAACAGGUGGUAACAUUUGUUUAUGUGUUAAAUGAUUGGAAGAAUUCUGUAAAUGUUGUUCCUGAUACCUCAUAAAGGCAACUGGAAACUGUCUUAUUGGAGUUUGGAAUUUGUGGGCAGGACUUUGACAUGCAAACUGCAGCAGGUAACUCAUAGAAACUGCUUUAUGAUGUUUAUUGUGUAUUGUCAGUAGUAUGCUGUUGGCUGAGGCCUUCGUUUACAUACUUUUAUUUCUUUCUCUAAUUUGGUAAAUUGAAAAUCAAUCAAUAUACACUUGAAAAUGCAUUGUAUGUUUGUAAACAAAUUAAGUGAGGGUGGUGAUUUUAUUUCUUUUUUGUAAUCAUAAUAUUGUUAAAAUUGAAUUUCUUUCCAUUUUAAACAAGACUGUAAAAUGAAUUGUCUUGUCAAAUAUAUUUAUAGUUGUCAAUUCAGAUAUCUGUUAACAGAGAAACAUGUGUUCAGAUGUACUUUGUAUAUACAAUAGUGUACAUUACAGAGGUACAUUCUUUUUUUCUUUUGUCUUUUUAUUUGGGGGGGUACAAUAUUGUACAGUUAAAUAGACAUGAUAUAAUUCCUUGUGUAGUUGUAGUAAACAUUUUAAAAUAAAAGUU